ACCACCUGGGUCAUUAGCGAUAUGUAUUAGUUAUUCUUUUUCUUCUUUAAGUGCAGUCUCAAAAUCGGAGGUUGGAUAUCAUCAUCACUAUCUUUACUGUACCUACAGCUGCUCUGAAGAGUUCUACCAGAACUGUAUUUAAACCAGUCCCUUAAAUUAUUCAACCGUGACACUCUCCUUCUUCCUAUACUCGUUUCUCCUCUUAUCUUUCCCUGUAUUAUCAGUCUUAGCAUUUCAUAUAGUUGUUCCCUCAUUAAGAGUCCCAUAUAUUGUAACUUUACAGAUAAACUUGGUCGCAAAAGAACUGUAAUCUUUUCUAAUGUGCCGUUCUUUGCAUGUUACAACCUAAUAGCUAAUGCAUCAAAAUUCUAUUUAUUCGUGGUUGCCAGAAUAAUAUUGGGUGUUUCUGCUGGAAUUGCUUUAACUGUUUUACCAAGUUAUGUAGCAGAAAUAUCGGAUGACUCAAAUCGGGGUAUUUUAAGUUCUACAUUUGGGAUUAUGAACGCUGUGGGUCAUCUUUGUUCGUUUGUUGUAGGUCCUUUGGUAAGCGUUCAGGGCUAUGCAUAUUUUCUUUUAAUUCCUGUAACCAUAUUUUUCGUAACUUUUGUACCGUUUGUACCAGAAAGUCCAUAUUAUUUUAUGGCGAAAGAUGACACUAACAAAGCUGAGAAGGUAUUAAAAAAGAUUCAUAAAAACUCUGAUACUAGUAAAGAAUUACUACACAUACAAGAAGUGGUAUACACGUCUAAACAUCAAAAGGUAAACUUUAAAGGAUUAACUGUGGCUCCAACUCAAAAUGCCAUGAUAGCUUGUUGUGGCUUGCUUCUUUUUCAACAAUGUAUGGGUAUUCCGUUUAUUCUUCUUUAUUUACAACCAAUUCUUAACGCUAGUGGUAACAUAAUUCCUUCCAGCCUGGCUUCAAUAAUCAUAGGUUUUGUGCAGAUAGUCCUUUGUAGUGUUGCAACUCUAUUAAUAGAUCGUCUUGGUAGAAAAAUUCUUCUUCAGGUAUCUUCCACAGGCAGCAUAGUUUCUUUAGUAGGUUUGGGUGUGUACUUCUACCUUCAAAGUCACAGUUACAAUGUUGAUCCAAUAUUUUGGUUACCACUUGCAAGCCUCAUUAAUUUUUACGUUUUCUUCAAUAUUGGUUAUGCUACGAUACCUUGGACCAUUGGAGGAGAACUGUUUGCUACGAAUGUAAAAUAUAUCUGUGUUAGCAUCGGUUCCUUCGGUGCUCUUACUUUAGGAUUAGUUAUUGUAGCUGCUUUUCCUUUUAUUCGAGAAACGUUUGGUAUGAGCGGAGUUUUCUUUUUAUUUAGUGGAAUAGCUUCUUUUACUAUUAUUUUUGUCUCCAUUUUUGUACCAGAAACGAAAGGAAGAAACUUUUUGGAAAUACAGAAUGCUUUAUAGUAGAGUAAAUGGACU